CCAAUUAGUCCAGUAUGUGUGUGUGGAUGCCUUUGUGGUGUGUGGUGGUCGACUGACUUCACUUGACAGACCAAGAGCAGACUCCAGUCACCAGGCGAAACGAGAGAGUGAGAGCAGAGUGGGUGAUAUUGUGUGAUGUGGUGUGGUGUGAUGUGUCGGCUCACUUUGGCCGGGUCGGCCUUUUACUACCUCCAAAAACCAGAAAGAAAAGACACGCACGAACGGCCUCUCUGUCUAUGAUAUACUGGCUUACUGACUAACACGACACACUAAGGACAGUCUCUCUCGACAUCGAUGUGUACGGCCAUACCACGAUUACACUGACGAUAUGAUGCAGCCGUUUGUCUGCCUGUCCGCUUUUAUCGGCAUCGGGAUGUGCAGCAGGCGCGCGCAGGGACUGCACACACAGAUAGAUCGGAAACGGCACAACAAUCACUCACAUCCUGUUGGUUGUGUGUUGGCAGUGCUUUGGCUGAUCGACCUGGGGGGCGCUGGACCGGCUGGGCGGGAACUGGCUGUGUACACAAAGACAUCAUCCAUGGAGACAUACACUCAUAAGAGCAAGGCAAUGGCGAUAUGAGGACAUGUGUCAGUGUGCCUCCCCCUUACCACAGCUGUGGCGACGAGCGGGGCGCCGGUGUAGCCGCACUGCUCGGGAGUCAACUUGUGCUCGUUCAUCUAGCCCACACAUACACACACACAGAUACAUGUCCAUCAUCCCUCUCGCCCGUGUCUCUCUCUUCUCUGUAUGUCAUGUGCAUCGCAGCGUACGAUGUUGAUCUGUUCCUGGUUGGGUGUCCAUCCCGCCGGCGGCCCCUCGAGCUUCGUCUCGAUGACGUCGCCCACCGGCUCGGGUUUGCCGGUCCACGUGUGGCCGUCGCGCAUGUGUG